UUGCUAAACAGUCCACUAUGGUUUUCAGUUGUCUCUAUCUAUCUCUGAUUCUCUGUAUACACACACUCAUGACUCCACAAAACAAAUAAGUAAACAAUUAUUUCCUUCUCUGGAUUCAUACUCCCACAAGCCCUAAAACUAAAAAUCAACCAAAAGGGCCAACUUAAAUCUGCUUUUUAUCAUCUGGGUCGGCAUUAUAAUUUCAUGGGCAUGUAACAAUUUAUAUAUUAAAGUGUUAUUGUGCAUGAUUUUUGACUUUUUUCACUAUCCAAGUGUUUGAUCAUGCCUAGGCGUCAUGGGUGGGAACUGCCUGCUCACACUUUUCAGGUGGUUGCUAUAACAGUAUUCUUCUUGCUAUGUGUUGCCUUUUAUGCUUUUUUUGCCCCCUUUCUUGGAAGAGACGUCUAUGAAUAUGUGGCUGUUGCUGUAUAUUCGUUCUUGGCUCUCUCUGUAUUUGUACUAUAUGUAAGAUGCACAGCUAUCGAUCCUGCAGAUCCUGGAAUAUUAAUGGAACCUGAUGUGCCAACCUAUAAUUCUAACCAUGACACAGAUACCUCAGGAGAACAUGGGAAGGAAGAAUUAAGAUAUGGAGGGAUGUCAAUGAAAAAUACAUCAAGUUAUUGCUCAAAAGUUGGAGGACUCCUUUGUGGUUGUCUUGUAAAGGCAGAUUGCCGUAAAGAUGAUGAUUAUUUUGAGCAGCAAUUUGAAGAACAGCAUGCUGUAUUUUGCACAAUAUGCAAUGCUGAGGUGCGCAACUUCAGCAAACAUUGCAGUAGUUGUGACAAAUGUGUUGAUGGAUUUGAUCAUCAUUGCCGAUGGUUGAAUAACUGUGUAGGAAGGAAAAAUUAUAUGACAUUUGUGUGCCUCAUGGCAGUAAGCCUUGUAUGGCUCAUUUUCGAGUUCGGAGUUGGCUUAGCUGUUUUUGUUCGAUGCUUCGCCUCGAAAACAGCAACAGAACACCUGAUCUCAGAGAGGCUUGGAGAAGCACUUACCCGACCCCCGUUUGCUACCGUAGUGGCUCUAUGUACAGGUUUAUCCUUACUGGCGAUAGUGCCACUGGGAGAACUGUUCUUCUUCCACUUGAUACUGAUUAGUAAGGGUAUCUCAACAUAUGAUUAUGUUGUUGCCAUGAGGACCCAAAGUGAACCUCCCGGGCCUUCUGUAGACGGUGGAGAUCAGCAAAGUCUUCAAUCUUCACCGGUGAGUUCUGCUGUCACUGCCAUUAGUGGAAGAAGCUUGCAUGGAAUGGGCUUGCAAUACAAAGGUGCAUGGUGUACUCCUCCAAGAAUCUUUAUGGAUCAACAGUUGCAGGAUGAGAUUAUUCCACAUCUUGACCCAGGACGCCUACCAUCAACUGUUGAUCCUGAUGCAGUUCAUCCACCUGAAAAGGGCAAGAAGGUACCACAUCGGCAUGUUAAAAUCAGUUCUUGGAAGCUCGCACAGCUGGAUCCUAGCGAGGCAGCAAAAGCAGGAGCCAAGGCUAGAGCUUCAUCAUCAGUUCUACGUCCAAUUAGUUCAAAGCCUCAAAAAUAUGAUUUUGAUCAUUUGUCAAGUUACAAUAUGGGUAAUAGAAGUAGUCCUAGUAUGAACAGAGAAUAUUGUGGAAGAUCUGCGAGGUCUGGUUCAAAAAGCUCAUAUCCACCCAGUCGUGCUAGCAGGGAAGACAUUGAAACUUGUGAUCACAGCAUCAGUAAUCUGAGCAGUCCCCUCCCUCCCAGCUUCACUCCCUCUCCCUUUGGACAGCAGACUCCAAAUGCAGAACACUUCAAUCCAAUGUAUCAGGCAUCUGCUGAUCAAUCUCCAGGGUCAUCAAGAGGGAACGAAGCUGCAGUUUUAGGGGCUGCAUCACCAGUACCAAUGAGGAGAAACAACCCAGUUUUUACAUCAAACACAAGGUCAUCCAUAUAUUAUGAUGAAGAUGCUGGGCGUUUUGUGUCUGCAUCAACCCAAAAUGUGAGUUCUUCCUCUCAGGUGCCUCCUGGUCCAGAGCUUACAUACACAUGUCAGUCUAUAUUCUAUGGUGGUCCCCUUGUUAAUGAACAGUUAAGCAGAGGGACAAGAAACUUAAGUGCAGGUUCUGCGAGUUCUGACAGAGUUCCGACACCAAGCUAUUAUCAGCAGAGUAGAGCACAGAGGGGUGGCCAGCUGCCAGUGUUUAACCCAGGUGAUUCUCAGCAAAACUAGUUUUCUCUCUAGUUAUGUGGCGCAGACGUUUUACUGGUAGCAUCCAAUUGUUCAUAUAGAGUUCAGAUUUUGCAAAUGCGUUCCAAGUCAAUUUUUUUCAAUUUACUCCCCGUGUGGCUCUUAACUAUCAAGUAUCAACUAGCUACUAGGAAAUUUGAAUUGAUACAAGUAAAACCUCUAUAAAUUAAUAUCUUCGACAUGGAAAAACUUAUUAUCUUAAUGAGGUCAUUGAUUACUGAAUAUUUUGGUGAAA